GCUGCACCUGGGCCCGAUGAGUGCGCCGGGCAGCGCCGCGGCGGGGUCGCUGCAGAAGCGGCCGUCCGGCGGGCUCCCGGUCAAGAAGGCCCUCUCCGCCUUCUUCCCGUCGCGCCGCACACAGGUCAGUUCUCCCCGCCGGGCAUCAAUGAUGAAGCUGGGCCUCUUCGUGUUCUUCGUCGCCACGCGCGCCCUGCAUCCGCUGCUCAUCGACGCCUCGAAGGAGGGCGGCAAGAUCCUCUACGCCAAAAAUGCGCCCGUAUUCAUGAACAAGUUCUUGACGAUCAUCUUGAUGAACCUGGCGGCGUUCUGGGGCGACGGCGUGGCCGGCGUCCGGGAGUGCUGGCAGCCGAAGUGCCUGGCCGUCUUCGGGAUGAUUGGCGCUGUGUACGCGCUCGGGGACACCCUGGAGAUGCUGUCCAUGUCCUCGCUCAGCGGCGGGGUGUACCAGACUCUGCUGCAGACGAAGCUGCUGAUCACU